GAUUUAAUUGUUGUUAUUUUAACAUUAUUUUGCUACCUGACUUUUUUCCUCUUGGCUUUUUAAUUUUUUCCUCCCUUGUUUCAACUGAAGGUUGUACUAAGACUUUUUUGGGGGGAGAAGCUUUAAAACAGAAGGCAAGGAGCGGGGAAGAAGCCUGCAAGAGACUGAAAAGCACAAGAGAAAGUGGCAGCUAAGGAGGACUGUAAAAUCACCUCCCCUUUCAGGGGCUGUCGAUCAGAGCGAGAGUUGUACACUAUUAUUACUGUUUUUCUUUCUGCGUCUAUCCAUCCACAUACACCAGGCAGAGAGAGCCAAGUACAGGCAGCGAAACUCGACGAGACCAGCCAUGGUAGCGAGGGCUCAGCCUGAUCGGAAACAAUUACCGCUGGUCCUACUGAGAUUGCUUUGCCUUCUCCCUACAGGGCUGCCAGUCCGCAGCGUGGAUUUUACCCGAGGUACCGAUAACAUCACCGUGAGGCAGGGGGACACAGCCAUCCUCAGGUGUUAUGUAGAAGACAGAAACUCCAAGGUAGCCUGGUUAAACCGUUCCGGUAUCAUUUUUGCUGGAGAGGACAAGUGGUCUCUGGACCCUCGAGUAGAGCUGGAGAAGAGAAACCCCCUGGAAUACAGCCUGCGGAUCCAGAAAGUGGAUGUCUACGAUGAAGGGUCCUAUACGUGUUCAGUGCAGACGCAGCAUCACCCCAAGACUGCCCAGGUUUACUUGAUCGUGCAAGUUCCACCAAAGAUCUCCAAUAUCUCCUCGGACAUCACCGUGAAUGAGGGCAGCAAUGUAACCCUGGUUUGCAUGGCAAAUGGGCGUCCUGAGCCUGUCAUCACCUGGAGGCACCUCACCCCAACAGGCAGAGAGUUUGAAGGCGAGGAAGAGUAUCUGGAGAUCCUAGGGAUCACGCGAGAGCAAUCGGGCAAGUACGAAUGCAAAGCUGCCAAUGAGGUUGCUUCAGCAGACGUCAAGCAAGUCCGGGUCACUGUGAACUACCCUCCCACCAUCACAGAGUCCAAGAGCAAUGAAGCGGCCACAGGACGACAAGCCUUACUCCGGUGCGAGGCGUCAGCAGUGCCCACACCUGAUUUCGAGUGGUACAGAGAUGAUACCAGGAUAAACAGCGCCAAUGGUCUGGAGAUAAAGAGCACGGGGACCCAGUCUCUGCUGAUGGUGGCCAACGUCACUGAGGAACACUAUGGGAACUACACCUGCGUGGCUGCCAACAAGCUGGGAGUCACAAAUGCCAGCCUAUACCUUUACAGACCCGGCACAGGGAGAGUAGACAACGGCUCCAUGAGUCUGGCCGUCCCACUGUGGCUGCUGGCAGCGUCCCUGCUCUGCCUACUCAGCAAAUGUUAAUACAAAUCAGUAUUAAAAUAAUAAUAAUAAUAAUAAUUAAAAAACAAAACAACAACAACACGACAACAACAACAACACACAAAACAAAACAGGAGACAGAGCGAAGAGGGGAGAGAGAAAAAGGGGUGGGGGGGAGAGAGAGGACUGUUUCUUUCACAACUUUUGUGUGUUCAGGAGCGAAGAGGGGGGAGAGGAAAAAUCACAGCAAAGAAGACUCAGCAACAUUUAACCCCAAACCUGACAAGCCGGCUGUCAAGUCACCAACCACCUCGGAGACAACACAAAGCAAGGCAGAGAGCAGAGCGCCAGCAAGGAUCGUGCCGCUGGAGGAUGCUGCAAUGUAAAACAAUCCAACGACACCCACAGAGCCAGUCUAACAGAAGAUCCCUUUUCUUUUCUCUCCUCCUCCCUCUUUUCCAUACUCCCUUACCUUCCUUCCUUCCUCUUUCUGUUGCGGAAAGAGGUCUAUGCUUUGCUGUCUAUAGCCACUUCACUUUUUGGAUGCCCUGGGUCAUUUUUGUGAGCUGAUGCUCGGCCAGUUCAUACUUUUGAAAAACAAGAAAAAGUGACAAAAAAAAGCCACAAACCAGAGCAAAUCACCUGAAGCUCUCUGCACACUGGUGUCCUGUGAAAAACCCCUUCCUCUCCUCGCUUCACCCUGCGCUCCUGUGCACCCAGCCCUUGCUAAACACCUUUCCUGUCCCCUCCUUCAUGCACCAUCACGCUUGCUGGCCUGAACUAAAGCUGUGUCAACUCCACUGAUGACAUACUUUGCUUUUCACCUUCUUCCUCUCCCUCUGCCUCAAUUCAACCAAGUGUCUUUCUCCCUUGUAUGCCUGCCUGUGUGCGUGUGUGCAUGAGUGUAUGUGUGCCUCUCACUCCCUCUUUUCCCUCUUUCUCUCUUUCUCUUGCUCUCUCCAAGCAUGCAAAAGGAGCAGUCCACGUGUACAUAUGCUCAUCCUGCUGUAGAUAAUGUCCUGCCUUGUGAGUGUGAGACAAGGUGCUAAGAGAAGGGCAAAGAAGGGUGAGGAGAGAGGGGCAGCUCCAGCACAGGUUCCCAUGUUGUGGCCUCUCCAGCAUCCUCACUGGCUUUUAGACUCCUGGCCACCUUGCUUGCAAGAGUCAGGCUGCACCCUUGCUUAGCCUUGUUUUCUCUCCCACCUGCAACCUGCCUGACUCUCAGCCUUCAAGUACCAGCAUAGCAACUACACAUGAGUGCUUGCACAUGCGCUUGGGAUGUGCACACUUGUGCAUUUGUCCACAUAAGCAGAAGAAACCAGGACUGGCCUGCAGCACAACAGAAUACAGGAUGCAGCCACCCAACCCUUCUGGGAAGGGGAGGCUAGGUUGGUGGGAUGGGAGAGAUGAGACCUUGGAGCAGCCAUUCCUUAGGUGUAGUGUGUGCAUAGGAAUGAUGCCUCAGCGUGAGAACCACAAUCUGGUCAUUCCUAACCAUUUUGGUAGUCAUGCAGAAAUAGAGCUGAUACCCUUUC